AUGCAUGAAUAUGAAUUCCCUUGUUGUGGGUUAGAUUUUUGGUUAUUUCUAACUAUAUGUCUAGUUAUUGUGUUAUUGGCAGGCAUCACAUCAGGCCUAGCUUUAGGAAUAUUGUCAUAUAGCCAAGUUGAUCUUGAGGUUCUCAUUAAAGGAGGCAGACCAAAAGAGAAAAGGAAUGCUGAAAGGAUUCAGCCUUUUGUAAAGAAUGGACAUUUUGUCUUGUGUACUCUUCUUCUAGGAAAAUCAUUGGCUAUGGAGGCACUUCCAAUAUUUAUGGACUUGAUCAUUCCAUCAUGGUAUACUAUUCUCAUGUCAGCACCCUUGGUGACUGUAUUUGCAGAGAUUUUACCUCAAGCUGUAUGCUCUCGAUAUGGACUUACUUUUGGAGCAAACUUGGCUCCCUUUACUCAUCUGCUUCUUCUUAUAUUCUUCCCAAUAACAUACCCAGCUAGUAAGCUGCUGGAUUGGGCUCUAGGGAAAGAACAUUCAGUUCUUCUGAGAAGAUCAGAGUUGAAGACUUUUGUGGAUUUGCAUGCAGAUGAGGCAGGGAAAGGUGGAGAAUUGUCUCAUCAUGAAACUUCUAUAAUCACAGGAGCUAUGGAUUUAACUCAGAAGACAGCUAUAGAUGCAAUGACACACAUAUCUGAAACUUUUUCUCUUGAUAUAAAUUCAAAACUAGACAUGCAUACAAUGACACAAAUAAUGAGUAAAGGUCACAGUAGAGUACCUAUACAUACUGGAAACCCAAGAAAUAUUAUUGGCCUCAUUUUGGUUAAGAAUUUAAUAUUUUGCCGUCCAGAAGAUGAGACUCCAAUCAAGAAUUUGAUUAUCAGGAAAAUUCCUAGGGUAUAUGAAAGUUGGCCACUAUAUGAAAUAUUGAAUCAAUUCAAGAAGGGUCAUAGCCAUAUGGCUGUUGUCUUGAAGGGAAACAUGGAGACAGAAAGCACUGCACCAGCUCAUGCUGUAGAUUCACCUGUGUUUUUGAAUAUAAUCACUAAUCAAGAAUCAAAUCAAGUUCAAAUUAAUGGAGGUCAGUCUGGUGAUGUUGGUUUGAGACUUUGA